CGGUGUGACGCACUUCCGAUGCACUUCCUUUAGAGUCCGGCGGCAGAAUCACCGAAGUGGAUCCUCCAGAAUGAGAGGAGAGGUGUUCUGACCCGGUUCCGUCCUCAGCCGCUCGGCUCCCAGCAGCACCAGUCACUUCUCACUGGUUCGGACAAACCAGUUGAUGGGUUCAUUUCAGUUCCUCAUCACUAAUGGAUCCAGGUUAGAAUCGUAGAAACGUUAGCUCGUUAGCUCGCUAGCUCCUCUGUGCUGGUUGUUAUCUCCGGCUGCUCCCAGGAAUCUGCCCCCGGUGCCGGGUGACAUGAGACCGGGUGCGACGCGCCUUUAGAGCCGGGGCCAGGUGAACCACUGGAGGCCAUGGACGAGCCGGUACCCACCAGCCCCUGCUCGUCGGAGCCGGACAGUCCCGGAGGACUGAACCGAGGAUGUCUGCUCGACCCGGCGGACCUGCUGUACCACGAGCUGUCCGUCAUCGUCCCGGAGACCCCGAGUCCACAGCUCGGCAAACGGAGAAGACGUGGGCCAAUCACAGAGGAACGUUUCAGUCCUCUGGCGGGGGGGGGCUCGUGGGGACGACCAGAACCAUCGCUCAGCAGUGAACAAGGGUCCAAACGCAGGCGGCUGGCAGCAGCCAUGGGAAACCGGAGGGUUCUGUUUGUUCCUGCUUCAUCUCUGAGAGCUAUUCCACCGGGCAACCCGCUGUCGACUGCACCCUGUUUCUCCUCAUCUUCAUCCUCAUCUUCAACUUCAUCGUCAUCUUCAUCGUCAUCGUCAUCGUCGUCCUCCUUCCUCGCCCCAGCAUUAGAGGAGGGUGAGGUGUCUUUGACGGUGCCAGGCUCCCCAGGAGAAGUCAGAACUGGUUCUCUCAGCCAGUUGAGGAGGAGGAGCGUGACUCCGGCUCCCUCGUCCUCCUCCUCGUCCUCCUCCUCCUCGCUGCCGGCCUCUGACUCUCUGUCCUUCCUGACGGCAGAGGAGAGGAGAUGGCUGAACGGAGGAACCACUCCAGCAGGUGCGACACAGGCAGUGGAGGAGAUCAUCAUCAGUGACGAUGACGAGGGCAUGGUGCGCGCGGUGCAGCUGGAGGAAGAUGAGUCGUUUGCACAGAGCCUGCAGGCCCAGUUCGACCGAGAGGAGGUGCACAGCAGACACCAGCACCACCAGCACCACCAGCAGAGCCACCACAGGUUUUAUUCCCACAUGGAGCCCAGCUGGAUGUCCCAUGUGCUGGCUGCAGUGACCCCCCCUGCUGGCUUCGAAGAAGGUGUGAUGGGUCAGCAGAGAGGACGGGGGCGGAGCCGAGGGAGGAACGCCAUGCCCGAGGACCCUCAGGGAAACGACUACGAGGCUCUCCUGGCGUUCGAGGAACGUCAAGGUGCCGUUGUGUCGAACAAGUUGACGCGAAGGCAAAUCCAGAGAUUUCCCACCAAAACCUUCCAGUCGGCCUUCAGCGCUGGGAACACCACGUGCCAGAUCUGUUUCUGUGAAUACACCGAGCGGGAGAAGCUGAGGAUGCUGCCGUGUUUCCAUGACUAUCACGUCCAGUGUAUCGACCGGUGGUUGAAGGAUAACACCACCUGUCCCAUCUGCAGAGUGAACCUGGCUGAUGCUGACUGCUCCGCCCCCCCGACCCUCUGAAGGCCGGGCUCAUGGUCACCUCCUGCCUCUACCAGUGACUUGAAGACCUGAGUGUCACUGUAGCUUGUGUCUGAUGGAGGACGACUCGUCAACUUGUCUUUUUUACACUUUUAUUUAAAUGUUUUAUGUCAUUGCUGAUUUUACAGGAAUAAAACGAUAAAACCUCGAA